AUGGUCUCUGCACUGCUCAGGAACGCCACUCGCGCACGCACGCGCUCCCCCGUCCUCCCCUUCACCCACCUCCGCCACCCUCAUCCUUCAACCCUCGCCGGCGCAGCUUUCCCCGCUCGACAGCUGCACGUCCGCUCUGUUUCGAUCUUUACGGGACUUGGGAGGCUCGCGGGACGGACUGCGGGCCGUGGCGCGCUUGGAUUGGGGGUGGGAGCUGGUGCGCUCACUUGGGCGGAAUGGAAGGUCGAUGGCUUCAAGCAGAACGCGGUCACGACGCUGUCUGAUAUCAACGACAAGCUCGGAGUCGCCUAUGACACCGCGUCGACUUCGAUCUCUUCGACCUUGCGCUCGCUGACGGAACAAGGGAGCGAGACUUACAAGUCUGUCAGUGAGACGGCGUCGACUGUCUGGGCUGAGGCGGCGCUUGGACUGGAGGGACGGCUGGCCAGGUUCAGGGACAGGGUGAGGGAGACUUUCGAGCGGAAAGAGGAGGACGAGGGAGACGAGGAGUAUGGCGGCGAGGAGAGCGGGUACACGCGGGGGAACGGCAAGAAGCCGCAGCGAGACCCGGCGCCGCUCGCAACGGUCGCAGCGACCAUGGCGGCUUCGUUGCCCGUCGUCGUCGACGCGGCGGAACCGUCCGCCGACUCGAGCGAGGACCUCAUGCUCCUCACCCGCAGACUGAUCGAGAUCCGCUCGAUCUUGCUCAGUAUCGGCGAGGAGGCGGGCUUGACCCUGCCGAGUAUCGUCGUCAUUGGCAGUCAGAGCAGCGGGAAGAGCAGUGUGCUCGAGGCGAUUGUCGGGCGCGAGUUCCUGCCCAAGGGCGAGAACAUGGUCACUCGACGACCCAUCGAGCUCACACUCGUCCAUACGCCCGCGACUCCCUCCGAUCCUCGACCGGCCACCUUUGCCGAAUUCCCCUCCCUCGGUCCCGGUCACAUCACCGACUUCUCCAUCGUCCAACAAACGCUCGUCGACUUGAACCUCUCCGUUCCCGCCGCCGAAUGCGUCUCCGACUCGCCCAUCCAGCUCCGCAUCCAUUCUCCCCACGUCCCCGACCUCAGCAUGGUCGACUUGCCCGGCUACGUCCAGGUCGCAAGCAUGGACCAGCCUGAAGAGCUGAAGGACAAGAUUGCGGCUCUCUGCGACAAGUACAUCCGCUCGCCCAACAUCAUCCUCGCCGUCUGCGCUGCCGACGUCGACCUCGCCAACUCGCCCGCCUUGCGAGCAGCGAAGAAGGUCGAUCCGCUCGGCAUGCGCACCAUCGGCGUAGUUACGAAGAUGGACUUGAUCGAGCCUGCGCAGGGUGCCGCCGUCUUGUCCAACAACCGAUACCCUCUCGCGCUCGGCUACGUCGGCGUCGUCUGUCGCGCAGCGAAGCAUCACUCGCGGUCGCUGCUCAAGCGGUCGAACCCGGCGGACGACGAGGGCAGCUUGAUCGGGCCGAUCCGGCAGCAGGAAGAGACGUUCUUCGGUGGCAACGCGGACGAGUUCUCGCGUGAGGGCAUCCUCGUCGGCACCGACACGCUCAAGAAGCGUCUCAUGCACGUCCUCGAGGAGUCGAUGGCCUCGUCGCUGCACACCAUCUCGAAUGCCGUUGCGCUCGAACUCGAGGAGGCGACCUACCAGUUCAAGGUCCAGUACAACGACCGCGCCAUCUCUGCCGAGUCGUAUGUCGCCGAGACACUCGACCUCCUCAAGGCCAAGAUCGGCACGCUUGGCAAGAGCUUGACGAAGAAGGACGUGCGGAGACUGCUCAAGUCGUUCCUCGACGAGCAAGUCCUCGACCUUCUCGCUUCGCAGUACUGGAGCGAUCCGCGAACGCCCGAACUCGGUACCCUCGCCAACGACCGGUCCGUCAGUCCCGAAGAUCUCGACGUCUACUGGCAACGGAAGCUCGAUGCGCUCGCCUCGUCCAUCACCAAGUCGGGUGUUGGCCGCGCAUCGACUCAGCUCGUCGUCGACGCCAUCCGCGCCCGUCUCGCCACUCUCGCCGCCGAAGAACCCCUCAUCUACCACCCCGAUGCUGCCGAGCGAAUCAACGCGACAGCCGACGCCAUCCUCCGCGAACGCUUCACCCUCACCAGCGACCAGGUUGAGAACUCGGUCAAGCCGUUCAAGUACGAGGUCGAGGUUGAUCCGGCAGAGUGGGAGGCGGGACGGCAGCAGUCGGUCGAGUUGUUGCAGCGCGAGCUGAGCAUGUGCGAUGCGGCGCUGUCGAAGAUCAGGGACGCGGUCGGUGGGCGGAAACUGCGAGGUGCGAUGGAGUACGUCGGUGAGCUGGAGGAGAAGGAGCGGAGACGGCGUGAGCGGAGAAGGGAGGCGCGGUUGGCAGGACAGGAGGACUGGGCGGACGAGAACGAAGACCUUGCCGACCCGAACCGCCCGGCCUUCAACCCGGCUCUCCUCGCAAAAGCUCGUGAAGCCAUGUUUCUUUCAUCGCGAUCUUCCAUCCUCCGACUUCGGCUGCUCGCGCUCAAGUCUCGUCGGUGCAAGACGGGUCCGGAACAGAAAGCGUUCUGCCCUGAAGCCUUCCUCAACAUCGUUGCCGACAAGCUGUCGAGCACGGCGGUGCAGUUUAUCAACAUCGAGCUGCUUGUCGAGUUCUUCUACCAGUUCCCUCGCGACCUCGACACACGACUCUCACACGACCUGGACCGCGCCGAAAUCGUUCGCUUCGCCCGCGAGAACCCGGUCAUCUCUCGUCAUCUGGCCCUCCAGGAGCGCAAGGAGAAGCUCGAACUUGUUGCGGAGAAGCUCGACAGCCUCGUCAAACUUCAGCGGGACAAGGCGCAGCAGCAGCACCCGCGCCAACGGCAAGACGGCCGCCGAGGACUCUUCGGCAUGUUCUGA